CAGCCAUAUGCUAGGACUUCUAGGGUUCCAAAUGUGUUAAUUAAUUGUUGCAACACUAAACAGCAAGAAAAGGUUACAGCAGAAUGGAGGCGAACGGGUCGCAACAACCACUUCAUCGCCCUCCGCUCAACGUCGUCGAUCAUGAGUCCCAUCAGCAGCCGAGCGAUCCGGCCAGGAAGAAGGGUGGAUGGAUCACCUUCCCUUUCCUCGCAGUGGCGAUGAUGGGGCUGGGUGUGGCGACGAGCGGCGCGUUGAGCAACCUGGUGGUCUACCUGAUAAAAGAGUACAACGUGCCGAGCGUCGACGCGGCGCAGAUCUCCAACAUCGUCUCCGGCUGCCUCAGCGUGGCCCCGGUGGCUGGAGCCAUCGUCGCCGAUGCCUUCUUCGGCUGCUACCCAAUCGUCGCGGUCUCCAUGUUUUUCUCCGUCCUGGCCUUGGUCGUGUUCACGCUCACCGCGAGCCUGCGCGGCCUCCAGCCGGCGCCGUGCCCGCUGGGCGCUGGCCCCUGCGAACCGGCCUCCGCCGGGCAGAUAGCGGCGCUGUACGCUGGCGUGUUCCUGAUGUGCGUGAGCGCCGCGGGCUCGCGGUUCAACCAGGCGACCAUGGGCGCCGACCAGUUCGACUCCACGGCCGACCGCGACGUUCUGUUCAACUGGUUUUUCAUCUUCUUCUACGCCUCCAACGUGCUCGGCUCCACGGUCAUCGUCUACGUCCAGGACACGGUGUCGUGGACGCUGGGGUUCGGCAUAUCCGGCGCCGCAAGCGUCGUCGGCCUUGCGGCGCUGCUCCUCGGUUCACGUUACUACCGCCGGCCAGCCGUGCGAGGCAGCCCGUUUACGGGGCUCGCGAGGGUGGCCGUCGCCGCCGCUAGGAAGAGGAAGGUCAACGUGGCGACGUCAGGGAAGUUGAGGUUUUACCAGGGACGAUGCUGCGGUGACAGCGACGGCAAGACUAGCGGCACUAAUCUUGCUCCAAGCGAUAGCUUUAGCUUCCUGAACCGCGCUGCACUGAUCACCGACGGCGACAUCAUCACGGCGGACGGGUCGGUGGCCCGGCCGUGGCUCAUCUGCACGGUGCAGCAGGUGGAAGACUUCAAGACGGUGCUCCGCAUCCUGCCGCUCUGGAGCGCGGCCAUCUUCCUCAGUGUUGCCAUCGGGGUGCAGAUCAACUUCACCAUCCUGCAGGCUCUCGCCAUGGACCGCACCGUCGGCCGGUUCACCGUGCCGGCGGGCUCUAUGAUCGUUGGCUGCCUAAUCGCCGGGGUCAUCUCUCUUGGCCUCCUCGACCGUGUUCUCCUCCCGCUCUGGCAGCGACUCACCGGGCACAACCUUACGCCGCUGCAGCGCAUCGGCGCGGGCCACGUGCUCACCGUCGUCAGCAUGGCUGCGUCCGCCGCCAUCGAGCGCCGGCGGCUGGCCACCGUGCACGAGCACGGCGAGGAGGGCAACCCGGGGUGGGUGUCGCCCCUGUCGGUAAUGUGGCUGGUCCUGCCGUUUGCACUGUCUGGCGCCGGCGAAGCACUCCACUUCCCCGGGCAGGUGACGCUGUACUACCAGGAGUUCCCGCCGUCGCUCAAGAACACCGCGACGGGCAUGGUCUCAAUGAUCAUCGCACUCGGGUUCUACCUGAGCACGGCCCUCGUCGGCAUCGUCCGGCACACUACGGCGUGGCUGCCGGACAACAUGAACGCCUCCAGGAUGGAGAACUUCUACUGGCUGCUCGCUGUGCUGGUGGCCGUCAACUUCGGGUACUACCUGUUAUGUGCGAGGUUCUACAAGUACCAGAACAUCGGCAAGUAGCUGAAGAUGUCAAGAUCCGUACCAGCAGUAAACACCGGCUGCAAUCUGGCCAGUUACUUGUAGUUCUAUGCUGUACGGUCUCCUGAACAAAUGUUUCGUCUGAAGAAGUCGAGCUGGGCAAUAAGAUAUUAUGGGACAAACGCGUUGAUCUGU